AUGGUUUGCUGUUUCAUGCGACUGAACGCCAUCAACGGGCCACCUAAGGAGCCAUCAACAGAACCGGACGCCCCUGUCUCUGUUAACUACUUCCCAUCUCGGAAAUGCAAUUACACAUGUGGCUUCUGUUUCCACACUGAAACCUCUUCUUACGUCCUUCCUAUCGAUGAAGCGAAACGUGGCCUACGGCUGCUAAAAGAGGCCGGCAUGCGCAAGCUCAACAUUGCGGGUGGGGAACCCUUCCUUUAUCCCCGUCUUCUUACCGAACUACUAUGCUAUUGCAAGGAAGAGCUGAAAGUCGAGAGCAUCAGCAUUGUGAGCAACGGCAGCAAGAUCAGGGAAAAUUGGUUGCGAGAAAAUUGUCAGUGGUUAGAUAUUCUAGCCGUGUCUUGCGAUUCGUUUAAUCCGGAGACGAAUAAAAAGAUUGGACGUGGUGACGAUGGAGGGAAUGUGGUUCGGCUGUUUCGUAUUGCAGAGUGGUGCAGAAAAUAUGGGAUCAAAUUCAAGUUAAAUACCGUCGUUAACACACACAACUGGGACGAAGACAUGGUAGCCAAUAUCGAAAAACUGGCGCCAUUCCGAUGGAAAGUAUUCCAGUGUCUCAUCGUGGCUGGAGAGAACGACGACGAGACGAGAAAGCGAGACGCGAGGGCUUUCUUGGUGACUGAGGAACAAUGGCAAAGGUUCUGCAACCGGCAUAAGCAUCUUCCAUGCUAUGUUCCGGAGGAUAACAACUCUAUGGCGAGCAGUUACCUACUUCUAGAUGAGUAUAUGUGCUUCCUAGACAAGGGCGAGGGCAUGAUAACAAAGAGCGAGUCGAUUUUGAAAGUCGGCGUUAAGGAAGCUAUGAAACAAAUUGUUUGGGAUAAGAAAUCUUUUGUCGAACGAGGUGGUAUUUACGAUUGGGAUAGAUCUGAUAUGUUGCAGGGUGCUUGUGAAGGUGGUGGUAACAAGAAAGAGCUGGAAUGGUGAUCAGGCAUGCCGUUGCACGGCCUUCGCACACGAUCGACUAGCAUUAAGAAAUAAUUCCCGCUACGGUUGUUUCAAAUGUUGGUAAAUCUGAAAUUUAUCCCGGGGUAUCCAAGGAUAUGGGCAUGUUCGUUGGCAGGCGUCAGAGACGAGAUAAUUUGCAACAUGAUUUUGAUGGGCA